CGUACAAUGACGGAAAAGACCAGCAGACGCAGCAAACACGUGCAUGUGAUGUGUACAAGAGCUGUUUGUAGUCAAGGAAAGUGGUUCUAUGCUCUUUGUUAUAGCUAAAAUAAUUUCUGUAGUUUAUAGUGCAGUUGUAUUCGUUUACUUUGUAAUCUAUCUUGACGGUAGCGUGUUCUGAUUACAUUUAGCUGUCAAUGUUUGGAGCUGUCCGCUAGCCAGGAUUUAGUUCGUCCAGAUUGCGGCGUCACUGAGCUGUUUUCAGGGUAAACAUGGGCAAAAAUAAACAGAAAGGCAAAAAACAGCCGAAUGUGUUUCAGGUCGCGAACAAACAAUCAAAACCCAAGACCAAAGCGAAGCCUGUGAAGAGCUCACUGAAACAUAUAAACACUCUGAGAAAUGAAAAGGUGGAGAGCUUGAAUCAGAUGUUCACACCAUUACAGCAAGACGUCAAAAGUUUGUCAAAAUCCACAAAGAGUGAAGCCAAAAAAGCACAGAAGGUGGUUAGAGACGCUCCGAAGGAACCGGUGAAUGUGGACAGUGCUGCACAGCUUUUCUCUCAACUAUAGAAAACAGAAAAUGAUGAGCUCAAAAACUUCAUACCCACACCCUCUUACACCCCCCCCCCCCCACACACACAAACACAAAUCAUAUCUAUCCAUAUUCAUCAGUAUAAUUUAUAACAACAUCCUACAAUCCUUUCCCCAGAACAGGCAUUAUUUCUUUUGCUUUUGAAGGACUGGUUUUGUAAAUGUACUCUACAAUAGUGUAUGCUAAUCGCACAGCGAAGCUUAAUGUCCAAAAAGACAUUAGCCAGUUUUCCCAGAGCACUAGGAUUCUGCAUUUGAAUGUUGUGUUUGCUGAGGCAUACCGAAGAGAGUCAUUAAAGGCAGAGUUUUUUUUAAA